AUGUGCCAAUACGAAAACAUCCACUAUGGCUGCGGUCAUGCUGUCCGCCGUCUCAUCAAGCACUGCCACUUUGCUCGCAAUGACCCAAACCAUCAAUGCUUCGGUGCCUGGUCCGUCAAGAGAGAAUGGUCGAAUCCCACCGAGUACUGCCGCAACUGUGCGUACUAUGCCAGACAAAGAACCUUUGCUCAUGCUCGUUGA